UAAACAGACUUCCCGCGCAGUGAAACCGGUGCAGGGAACACUUUUCCCGUUUAACGCUGGAAAUAUGGACGAGUUGUAUUUAGACAAUAUCGACGAAUAUGUCAACGACCACAACAAGAUCGUGACCUACAAAUGGCUCAGUCUGACACUGGGAGUUCACGUCAACACAGCAAAACAAAUGCUCUUCCACUACCUGGAUCACAAGAGGAAGGAGAGUUCAGCUCAGCUCCACGCCACGUAUCUCGUGUCGGGGAAGUUCCUGGACAACGGACAAGCCAGCCACAAGGUGUCCGUGGUCAGAGAGGACAAACUGGAAGACGUUAAAGCCAAGAUGAGCCUGAUCGUCAGUGUCCAUGUCUACAGCGUCCAGAAAGCUCUCCUGAAGGACAGCGGGCCCCUGUACAGUGUGGACUACGAUGCUGUGAAGGACAACUUCGAGAACUGCAGCAAAUACAGUGCGAUCCGCUGCAGCAGUGCACAGCCCACGUCUCCUCUGGAGCAGACCAGAGAAAUACAACGUGCUCCCACUCCAGAGCCGGUGGCAAAAAGACCCGGCCAGAACGGAGAGGCUGGUCUGGCUUCAAAAGCCGCCCCCAAACCGACAAAGGGCAUCAUGGGAAUGUUUGCAAGUAAAACCACGACCAAGAACCAGGACAAAGAGGUGAAGUCGGAGCAGAAUGAAGAGGCUCCUGAAGUUGUCGCCUCUAAAAGCAAACCAGCUGCAAAAGCAAAUCCAAUGUCAAACUUCUUCGGGAGUCAGGCUGCAAAGAAACCAGACAAAGCUGUGAAGGAGGAAGAAGAAGCAGCAGCUGAGUCGACCUGCGGAGCCGAGCUGAGACCUCAGAGUUCACAACCGGAAGAAAAACAAAAAGCUGCUGCACAGUCGCCGCCAAAAGAAGCAAAGAAAGAUGUUAAGAAAGACGUGAAGAAAGACGUAAAGAAAGACUCCAGGAGCAAAACCAAGCGAAUUGAGGAUUCUGACAGCGAGGAGGAAAAAAUGGAUAAGAAAAAGAGGCGAAGGAUCAAAAAACCUGAACCAGACAGCAGCGAUGAAGACGUCAUUCCAGAUUCUCCACAGCCGAUGGAAACCGAAGAACUGUCACCACCUCCUAAACCGGAGGUCGAGGCUGUUUCACAUUCACGUCCGACUCUCCCUGGAAUGAAAAUAAGGAAGAGGAGACGAGUCCUGAAAUCAAAAACCUUCCUAGACGAUGAAGGAUGCAUGGUGACAGAGAAAGGCUACGAGAGCGAGUCGUACUCUGAGGCCGAAGACGACUUCCAGGCCACAAAACAACCGGCGAAGAAUCCCGUCCCAGCAAAGCUCCCGGCGAGCAGCAGAGAGGAGCAGAAGAAAAGUCAGAAGAAAACGUCCGCGAACGCAAACAAAGGAUCUAAACAAGCCUCCAUUAUGGGAUUCUUCCAAAAGAAAUGAAAGAAGACUGAGUCCGAAACAACAAAGACACAACAAGCACAGACUAAGGAUCUCAACUGACUCUGAACUGAAACACAUCACGUGGAUGUUUCCAGUUCAGCAUGACAAACGUUUAAGGUUUUUAAAUUGUACCAUGAUCAGUGUAAAAUGUGAAUAUGAGGCCGACCUAAUAAAUAUUGAUGGAAACUAAA